UUAUAACAGUAUUGUUACGAGAGCGAUGAAUGCUGAUUGCAUGCUGCAUUUUGUGAGACUUUUGUAUAAACGUCAAACUAUCAAAAUAAUAAUAGAAUCUCUAAUUUUAUAGCUGCAGUUUGGUGAAAGUGACAUUAUUUUUUAGAAUGGAAGAAAAUAACAUUGGAAGGAGAGAACAAGGAGGUGGAGUCACACGGUUCGCGCCGUCACUGGUAUAAAAUCCUCCUCGUGUUCCGUCUUCGUUCCUUCGCUCUUCCUGCACUGCACGUCUUGUAAAGGGCUUAGAAGCAUCUUGAACAAUGGGCUUUGGCGAUCUGAAAACCCCUGGCGGCCUCAAGGUCCUCAACGACUUUUUAGCCGACAAGAGCUACAUCGAGGGGUGGGUGCCCUCCCAGGCUGACGUGGCUGUGUUCGAUGCAAUCUCCUCAGCCCCCUCAACAGUCCUGUGCCAUGCUCUGCGCUGGUACAACCAUAUUAAGUCAUUCCAGAACCAGAAGGGAAGUCUGCCAGGAGUAAAGAAGCCCCUGGGUCACUAUGGUCCUGCCGGGGUGGAGGACAAGACAGCUGCUGACUCAAAGGACGACGAUGAUGACAUGGACCUGUUUGGCUCUGACGAGGAGGAGGACGCAGAGGCAGAAAAGCUGAAGGAGGAGAGAAUCGCAGCUUACGCCGCCAAGAAGUCAAAGAAGCCCACACUCAUCGCCAAGUCAUCGAUCCUGCUUGAUGUGAAACCGUGGGAUGAUGAGACGGACAUGGCCAAGCUGGAGGAGUGUGUUCGCAGCAUCUCAAUGGACGGCCUGCUUUGGGGACAGUCCAAGCUGGUACCAGUGGGCUAUGGCAUCAAGAAGCUGCAGAUCGGGUGUGUGGUAGAGGACGACAAGGUGGGAACAGACCAGCUGGAGGAACAGAUUACAGCCUUUGAGGACUACGUCCAGUCUAUGGAUGUGGCUGCCUUCAACAAGAUCUAAAACUCAAACUUACCAACGAAGACACUGAGCACUUCAGAUGGAUAAUGUUAGUUACAUUCUGACAAGUGGUACUGCCUGGUUUAUGUAGCUUUUGAGGAAAGACUUUGGUGUUUGGGGAGAACGCGGCUGGUGAAUUGCAUUCUCUGUUGGUCCUGAAGGUGCAAUAUGCUUAAGUCACUCUGCCAUUUCCUGGUUGCUAAAACAAGUUGUGUAGAGAAUCAUUGUACCAUCUAAACUGCUGAAAUGUAUUCAAUAAAUAAAUAUUGUAUUUUCA